AUGACAGAGUAUUGCAAUAUCUGCUGCAUUCAAGAAAGCUCCAGCAACUUUUUGACACUCUCUUGUGGCUGUUAUUUUUGCAAAACUUCUACAAGCCAAUGAAUUCUUGCCCAACUCGAUAAAUUUUAUCAAGCUGAUUUUCAAAUUACAUGCCCACUUGGCUUUGGUCACAUUUUAAGUGAAGAAGAUAUAAAAAAAUGCCUUACUAACUCCCUCUAUUUAAAUUGGAACAAAAAAUCCUGUUCCAAUUUAAAGGGGGGUUUAUUUUUUCAAAAAAGUACAUAUUUUUGAAUUUUAAUUUAUUUUUAUGAAGUAUCAAUUCAUAAAAUUAAUCAAAUCAAUGCGAAAAAAUUAAAUAAUAUUCUACUUGCACUUUUCCGUUAAAUUAGGUGAAAGCUCAUUUUAUAAAAUUAGUAUUGUGCCCUAUUGAAAAAGAUAUUUUGUUCCAAUUUAAACAGUUUAAGUACCUAUAAAAUCGAAAAAAAAAGAAACUAACCUAUUUUUUAUUACAAUUUAAAGAGGAGUAAGCACAAUUAUCAGGUCUAUGAAAAUUUUACCUUAAAAAGAGAGCUAAUUCGUGAUCCAGUGUUUAAACAAUGCCCAUCAAAAAAUUGUAAUUAUGUAGGCUGAAUUGAUCCAAAAGCAACCUGCAAAAGCUUGCUCCAAUGCCCAAAAUGCAAAAAUAAAUGAAUAGAUCCAAGUUUAAAGCCAAAGCUGGAUAGGUUAAAAGACGCUAUUUAUGAAAUGCUAAGAGGAGAAAGUGAUUUUUGAAGUUAUACUUGGGAAGAGCUGUGAGUUAAGCAUUGUCCUAAGUGCGGGUCUCCUAUAGAAAAGAAUGGAGGAUGCUAUCAUAUGACCUGUGUAAACUGUGCAUAUGAAUUCUGCUGGGAUUGCCUGCAGCCUUAUCGCAACCAUGUCUGAAAAUAUUGUGGGCUUAAUCAGCUUUACUGCUGGGGACUAACAAUUAUUAUGAUUUUUUUGUUUUUCUGCAAAAUAACGAUUUUAUCUGAUAUGAUUUAUGACUUAAUGAUUUUCAUACUUUGAAAACUAUUAUACCUAAUUGCUGGCAUAGCAGGGAUUUGGCCUACUGGUCUCAGCAUAGCUUUGGCAUAUGAUUAUUUUCAUUUUGGAUGGUUGCCUUGCAGCUAUAUACUCUAUUGAUUAUUAAAUAUUGGGAUUGCUGCUUAUCUUUUUAUUGGAUUUUUAUUUUUGCAAGAAUUUACUCUUGAGGUUUUACUUUUUGCUUUUAAUAUCGGAAUUUCAUUUCUUAUUUGUCUAGGUGGUGGCUUUUCGCUAUAUGUUAAUUCUUUAAAUUAA